GCAAACUUUGGUAUCCAAACAGACCGCACAUUCCAGAACGCAAUUGGGUGCCAGUCGGAAAAUAGGAAGUGAAAGCGACGUGAUUGGUUGGCGUCUAACUGGUUGUACAGCCAGAGCGAGGCGUGGAAAGCAGGUCUGAUGCUGCUAUUGGACAAUAGUUUUCAUGGGGAGGAGAGUCAGCUUCCUGGUUGUGGCAGAGCCGAGGGCGAGCGGAACAGACAGCUGGUGCAAUCGUCUCUUUUGGGAUGGAUGGAAGUGGAACGUCGCCGCCAUCAUUAAUGAAUGAGUAUAUGCUGCAAGGCAGUGUCUCCUCUUCAGGAACAAGAUCAAUGGAUGUGAUUGUGUAUUUUGUGAAUGAUGAGGCAGUUCCGCUGACGGUGGAUGGCCUUUCUGGCAUGAUGGCACAUGAGUUGCACCGAAUAAUCCGCGAAGUCCUUGCGCUCCCUGACAUUGCUCAAGAAGUCUUUGCUCUAUGGCUUGUUUCUCCAUUUUUGGAGGUGCAACUGAAGCCAAAACAUCAACCUUACAAAGUCUGCAGACAAUGGCAUGAACUGUUGGCACGGUUCACAAAUUGUUCGACUGAAGACAUUCAUCAAGAUGAACCUUGUCUGCAGUUCCGCAGAAAUAUUUUCUUUCCUAAAUGUCGAGAACUUCAGAUCGUUAAUGAGGAAGUUUUGCGUCUGCUAUAUGAAGAGGCCAAAUCUAAUGUCCUAGAGGGCAGGUACCCUUGUGACUUGGAAGACUGUGAACUGCUGGGUGGCCUAGCUUGCCGUUUAGAACUGGGUCCUUAUAACCAACAAAAGCAUACACCUUCUACAUUAAGACCUAAGCUGGAGUGCUUCCUUCCUCCUUAUAUGUGUAAAAAAAGGAAUGGAUUAUUGAAUGCUUUUAUUAAUAAAGGAAGUCGCCAAGCAGGUUUUGAACAGACUUUGCUUAACUCCUACAAAGAAGUUACGGAAAAUAUUACUUGUGAAGAGGGAGAAGCCACAAACUACAAAGAGUAUCUGAAGAAGUGCCAUGAACUUCCCUAUUAUGGGUGUGCUUUUUUCAUGGGAGAAAUUGACAAACCAGCACAAGGCUUUCUGAACAGAGCUGGACGCAAGACUGUGUCAGUUGCUAUUAAUAUGGAAGGAGUGUCUGUUAUUGACCGUAAGGAAAAGCAUGUCUUAAUAGGUUUGAAGUUUUCAGAGCUGUCUUGGGAUCUCUCGCAUCCCGACAGGGAAGAGCAUGUUUUAUGGCUGGAGUUUGAUGGUGAUAAUGAAGGAACACCGGUUAACAAGUUGCUAAAAAUAUACUCCAAACAGGCUGAGCUGAUGAGUGGUUUAAUUGAGUAUUGCAUAGAACUUAAUCAAGGUGGAGAUUUGCAUUCUCCAGACUCUGUUUCUGGGAGCACACCAAUUACUGAGAAACGGAACAAACUACGAAGACAGGAAAGUGUUCUGUGUAACCGCAUCAAGCAUCUCACCACUAUUGAUUAUGUUGAUGAUGGCACUGAAAUUAAACGAGUGAAGCCCAAAAGAGCUGCAUCAUUUUUCACACGACAGUCAACCCAUGGAUAUGCAUCUGUGUUGCCUGCUGACAGCCCUGGGGAAAGCUGACCAACUGCAGCUAGUAAACGCGAAGACCAAAGAAACUUCUGAAUCACUGAACAUUCUUAUUCGCUGUAUGGACCAAGCCAAAGCAAUAAGGGCCAUAAUUAACGUGCCUUAUGUUGCUCCUGCACCUAAAGGGAUGACUCUUCAAGAAUGCCAGGAAAAGGCAUUUCUACAGCCAGGUUUACAGUUAAUUUCCAAAUUUCAGAAUGCAGUUUCAUUAUGUAGAGAAGAUAACGGAAGUUCUAUGACCAAGUUUGAAAUUGUGUUGCCAUGAGUGUGUGGCUUGUUGAUUUUUUUUUUUUUCACCCCCCACUCAAUAUCUGGCCUAGAAAGUGGUAUAACUGGUUUACAAAGUGUAAUUGCCUGUACACUAAUAUUGUGUUGGGAUUCCGUGAUGGCAGCUCAGUUUAAGAUUUGUGUAUACAGGCGUUGCUGUCAAACAAUGGCUUCUACAUUUGAACAUAAUGCAUAUCAAACUUGUGUGUUCGAAUACAAAAGGCUGCAUUUGACCUACUUUGCUUGCAAUGCAAACAUAUCUGCAUUCAUCAGGUCUAACCUAGCCUCAGAACUGCCAUUCAUACUGCACUAUGGGGGUAAAUGAGAAUCUGCUGAUCUGUGUUUGAUGUGCCCUAAUGUAUAAACCAUUACUGUAUAGGGAAACUAUCUCUUUUGUCAUUUUUUAAACUAGAAGGAUGAAAUUAAUAACAACCUUUUUAGAUUUGGAUAGACUGGUAAGGGGUUAGAAGCAAUGUCGGGUCUUUCUUCUGUCUUUUUCAUCAUUAGGAAGAUUAAUUUUAUUUAUUGUUCUAAUCGCCAAUCUCACUGGGGAUAACGGUAAGGGUAAAUCCAACAUUUUGAGCGAUCACCAAAACCGAAAUAGAGGAGAAAUAUUCCAACGGGGACACUUGUUCUUCUGACAACUGUCUAACAAGGGAUUGUUGGACACAUUAAAAAGAUAACUUCCCACUUUCUGUUGAGUCUACCAGACAGGGAGUGAAGGGAAUUCCCCCUAAUGAUACACAGAUGGGGGGGGGGGGAAUAUACCAUUCCUUACUCGCCCAUUAGGGUGAAUUACCCUUUCUUUGUACCCUGUGUUGUGAUCAUGUGUACGUCAUCAUUGAAAGUAAUAGAAAAUCCCAAAUUUUGUGUUAUUCCCUAGAACCUUAAUAGAGGGGAAAUCUUCCAAUGGGGACCCUAGUUCUAGUGACACCCUAGAGAUUCUUUUUUUAUUUUUUUUUGCAGGGAUUUCCUCACUUCUUAUUUUCGUGAUGGGACACAGAUGGCAAAAAAAAAAUCUGACGGGUUAUAACCCUCCCUUACUAUCCAAUAUGAUACUUUAAGACAUUGUUGGUUUGCUGUUAAAAAAAUUAGGCAUUAGUAACGAGAAGUUUCUUUGCCAGAAAUGUGUGUAGCGCAAGGACAACCUUUAUGAAUGUGUUGUAAUGAAAGGUCAAACUUCAACUGGAAUGUCAGAAAUGGGAAUAACCUCUGUCCAAUGGAUUAACUGGAUGUAACCCAAAUCCAUGUUCUUUUAUAUAAAAUACAUUUGAGCACCUGUUAUAAUUGUUAAAAAAUGUAUGUUACUGUAAAGAAAUAUGACAAUGUUUCAUCAAUGAAUAUGUCCUAUAUUAAAGUGGACCUGAACUGAGUUAAAGUGA